CUGGGCAGACGUGUUUCCACAGGGUGGCAGCACGCACAGGCAGCGCUACCGAAGCAGACAGCGCUCGGGCUGAGGAAGAAGAGCGGCGCACACAAUGCACUGCACGGCUGACAAGGGUUGUGUCUCCCUGAUUUUCACGAUAAAUUUCCAAUUCACUGGAAACUUGUGAAAGGGGGAAGCAGCUGGAGCCGCUUGCUCUCUCUCGUCAUAUAUUUAACCACACAGCUGGGGGAUUUAGCUGAGAAUCGAGCAGGAAACGUCGGAAAACAUUUUGGAUUUACAUACAACAGUCAGUGUUGUUUGGAAAAAAAAAAGCAGGGCUGCAUGAAGGAGCUGUGCCCAGCCCAACGGGGGCUCGGCCGACACCCUCGUUUAUGGAAAUCGACACCGAGGCUUUGAUAUCUGGGCCUUGGUUUUUUUUUUCUUCCUUUAUGAUGGAGGUGGACCGAAAGAAGACUUCUGUUUAAAAAAAAAAAUAAGUUUUUGUGUGUCAGGGCUACGAUAUAAAAUUAAUUAUUCCUCCUUUUAUUAAAAAAAAAAAAAAAAAAGACGGUUGUUGCUUUAGCUCGGCUCGAGCUAAGUUAGCUCGAGCGCUAACGGUUACGUCUUUUUUGAAUUCAGCCGUUACUAACGGCCGUCAGUUUGUUUCACGUUAUCCAGACGUUGUUAGUGCGUUUUUCUUUCACGCGUUACGUGUUUUUAAAAGAAUAUCGGUUUAUUCUUCGGUGGCUCGGCUUUAUAUAAAUAUAAAUACACAUAUAUGUGCGGUGUGUCGAGCUAGCCGCCGUGCUAGCAGCAGUAGUAGUAGUAGUAAGAGUAGUAGUAUGAGCUAAUUGAAGCUACUUGACCCGACGUUAGCUCGCUUUUACUCGUUUUUAGACACUUAACACGCGAUAUUCCACCGUAAUGUCACGGAUAGGACGUGUUAUAGUGUCUUAUAAUCCCGGGUUAGUGAGCUAAAAAACCGUAAAUUCGUCAGCGUGUGCAGAAAUUAUUUAAAUCCUGGUUAAACGGUUUGGUUUUUCAAUUUAGAAAUCUUAUGUACCUGCUUUUGUCAAGUGACACAAACUUUGUCUUUGUGUUGUUUACAUGCGGUUUAACUCAUGUUGUGGUUGUCGGGUUGAAUUUCUCCGCCAGCUAAAAGCUAACUGCUGUGUCCUGACGUCUCUCUGUGUCUCUGUCUGUUUGCGUUUUAUAAAAUGUGGAUUCGCGUUCAGAUUAAUUUGAAAUGACACUAAAAUUCCGCCGAAAGAAAGAAGGCACCGAUGCCGAUAGACUGCUGUUGUCAAAGGACGGUGAAUAAUAGCCACUGGUUCCCAUUAACGCCAUUUUAGCAGAGCCUCUCCGUGAGGGCCUGUGUUUUGGUGGUGUUUUUAUUUUGCGGUUCGGUGCCUUCCUCCACCGGACCCGCGGGGUGGACUUGAACAAAAGUGCCUUUGGGGUCUCACUGGAGCUACAAAAGGAGGUGCCGUUUGGAACAUGGAGGGCCCGAGCCGGAGCACUGGAUUCAGGCAGAGCCGACGGUCCCGUUCACAGCGCGACAGGGAGCGGCGGAGGAGGCGAGUGGACCUGGCCCAUGAGCGGGCCACAUCCCUGUCCUCGGGCUCCGAUCGGGAGGCUUGUGGGACGAACAGUGCUGUGCUGGGUCCCGGUGGCAGAGAGUGCCGGCCCGGUUUUGGGAGACACAGGCCUCCACGACGGAGGAAGAGGGAGUCUGUGUCCUGCGAGGAAGACAUCAUUGAUGGCUUCGCUAUUGCGAGCUUCAUCAGCUUGGAGGCACUGGAGAUGGACUGCUCUCUGAAGCCCAGUCAGCGCACUGAUAUGCUAGGAAGAAGGAACAAGGGGAAGAGGGGGCCGGAGGAGAACGGCGGAGGUCCACUGUCCGAGCCGGAAGAAGGAGCCCCGCACAGCUACUCCAGCAGCUGUUUGCACAAGAGUAAAAAUAAGAGACGGAGGAUAGAGGGACAUCCUUUGGAGACUGGCUAUAUUUGUGACACUGAGAGCGAUACCGGAGACAAGGCCUCCGACAACGACAUGGACCCGGUCUUCACAGUCAGUACAAGGAAAGUUGUGGAGCCUACCCCCUCAACGAUGGGCACAACUAUGGGCAAAAGCUGCCCGCCUCUACCGGCCCGUUGCGGCGGAGUCUCGAGGUUGAUGGUGACCCCGAGAGUAUCCGGCCUGGAGCGAAGCCAGGAGAAAAGCUUGGAGCAGCAUUUCCCAGAGCCUGUUUCUUCUUCUACCUCUACUGCCCCCUUCCCCUGCCUGCCUUCCCCAGUCACCUCAGUCCCGCGGGUCCCGUUCGGCAGUAACGGCAGCCGCCAUAACGGCAGCUCGCCGCUCUCCAAACCCAAACCCUUCCUCACUUUGUCUGGACGAUCUCACCCCAUCUACAGCAGGAGCAGCACUCCAGUCAAACCUCCCUCAUCUGCCUCAUCUGUCGCGCCUUCCUCAUCCUCCAUGCGCCCCCCAACUCCCUCCACCAGUGUGUCGCUGCCCUUCAGGGGCUCAGGAUCUUCAGGGCCCCUCAGGCCUCCAUCACGAGCCAGCUCUGGGCCCCUCUUCACACCCUCGCCUGGCCUGCCUCCUCCUCCGCCUCUGCUACAAGGUCCUGCCCACUCAACUGCAGCAGAUCAGGAAAUCAUGCGUCAUAACUUAAACUCCCACUUCUUGAACUCACAAGAGCGCGAGGGCAGACGCAGCGUCCCAGGGGCCGAAAACAACGCAGCGGCUGCGGGACGCUCCACUCCCGGCGGUCCAUCGGCAUCGAGCUCCACGCCGGGCUCAUCGGGCCGCGCGUCUCAGAACCAGCAGAGCGUGGCGCCGCCCCUGGCCUUCCAGUUCCAUCAGCACAACCACCAGCACCAACACACGCACACUCACCACUUCACGCCCUUCUUGCACCCCACAGCCACCGCACCGCCUCUGUUUGAUAAGUAUCCCGGCAAAAUGGACGGGCUGUACCGACACCCUUUCUUCCCACAAUACCCGCCGCCCUCAGUGCCGAGUAUCCAGCCUGUGAUUCCUCCCACCGGGCCUUUCAGCUCCUUGACUGGAGCAUUUCAGCCAAAGCCUCUUGUCCCUCAGGGAACGGGUCCGGAUAUAACCGCACGACUUGGGGUCGUGCCUCACCACCUGCAGCCCAAAGACCCCAGGCUAACUGAUCCAUUUGGGACAUCGUUGAAAAUCAGUAAUAAACCAGGAAAAUGGUGUGCUAUGCAUGUAUACGUGGCCUGGAUGAUUCUAAGCCAUCAGAAAAAAGUGAAGCAGAUGCAGGCUGAUCCUCACAAGUUGGACUUCCGUAGUGACUUGCUGGCCCGUCUUCCUGGAGCUGGGGGAUUGGGCCCCUUGGGGCCCAUAGGAGGAGCCCUGCCUCCCACUCAUGAUCUGACCAGACCUCCCAGUCAGUCAGUCUUUCCUUUAGGGCCAGUCAAUCCGUCCUCAGCUCCUUUCAUCUCUCCAUCGACGCCUCACUCCUCCUUCCUCGCACCAACUGCACACUUAGAUCCAUACGGUCGAUCCCCGCCCUUCACCCCGCUGGGAGCCCUCGGUUCUGGUGCCUUUGGAGGACUUGGCAGCCCAACACUGGCACGUCCACAGCUCAGCUGUCACUGUCAGGGACAUGCUGUGUGCAGGACUGGAUGCAUCGACUUGACGAGCUCUGUGUUUGGCCCGAAAGAUUCGCCAGCGAAUGUGGUCGGAGGUUUACCCAACCCUAACCAUCAUGACCCGUGGAACCGUCUACACGGUGGUCCAUCUGGGUUCCCUGCUGGCCCCAGCUGGGCUAAAGGGGCGGACAAGCGGGACGAGAGGGAUCGAGGGAAGGAAGGAGAGAGGAGAGACAUCCCUCAUAUCAAGGACGAAAAGGACAGAGACAAUAUGCUGUAUGGCCGACAACCUGUGAGAAUGUCUCCAGUUGCCCCGUCUUUCAAGCCUCGCAGUAGCACCCCAGUUUCCCACGUCAAUGGUCACAGCAGUGCCCACGGGGGGAGCAGCGGGCCUAUCGAGGACCUGACACGCAGCUUAAGUAGAGACAGAGAACGUGAGCGAGACAGAGACAGAGACGGAGAUAAGAGGCCGCUGCCAACAGUGUCUUCACGUGGGCUGUCUCUCGGCUCUUCAUCUUUAGUAGCAGACAGAGACAGACCGCGGUCUUCCUCAUCUUCUGCGCUCGCUACUCCCCCGCCCUCCAACCGAUCAGCCCCAUCUCCUUUGGACCUUUACCCCCGCCCACCGGUCCCGACAACACACAGCCUCCACAGCGAGCCCUCACACUCCCAAAGAGACGGCAGCCUCCCUUCUUCCUCUGCAGCUUCUGCCUCUGUCACUUCUUUGUCUCAGGCCAAGAAGUCUGACCGGACCCCGACGCCUGUCUCCAAACCUCCGCUGCUCCUCCCGCCAGUUAAAGUCAAAGAGGAGCGGAAAGAGGAGCCGGAGCACAUCCCCAUCACCCUGCCUCACACAGCACCCAGUCACAGCUUUGACCGGCCCAACAGCCAUCCACACCACCACCCUAGUUCUGGAACCCCUUCCUCUUCCUCUUUAUCACUGACUCCCACUCCGGGUGUUCCCCUCAUGUCACACACUCCAAACCACCACAAUUCCCACCAACACCUCUCCCUGCUGGACCGCUCCAGGGCCAUUGAAGCGUAUCUGGGGAGCACGGCAGGUGCUGGGUUGGUAAUGGGUCCAGGAGGGGAACGUUUCCACGGUCCAGGUCAAGGACCACCGCAGGGUCCGCAUAGCUUCACCUGGGACCCCUGGAGGGAGUUUGCGGCUCAGCAGCAACAUCAUCAGCAUCGCAGGGAGACCUUGGCACUUCGGUCUGACCCUCACUUAGCCCUGCGAUCCGAUCCACAUUUGGCCCGACUGCUCCAGCAUCAGCGUAUUCUGGAGGCAGAGAGGGUUGCAGCUGUAGCAGCUGCAGCCGCAGCAGCCGCCCCUCACCACCCUCCGACAUCUACCUCUGCUGCCUCCACCUCUGCUGUCCGCCAGGAGUUCGGCCUAAUGGCCCAUCACUUUGACCGCCCUCAUCACCUCGGCCCCCCAGGAGGAGGACUGAUCGACGAGGAGCAGCGUGCCCAGAUCCUGAGGGAAGACUUUGAGCGGGCUCGCUACUUCGGGAUGCACCCACACCUCCCUGCUGGCGCUCACCUCUCAAGCCCCUCUCAUGCUGCUACUGCCGCUCACCUGGAGCAGCUCCACCCUGGCCUUCUCUCCCACUCGCUCCAACACGGAGCCUCUCCUGCUUCCCAGCACCACGCUGGCCUCUACGCCCGCAUAGGCCACCUGAACCCACACCACGUGCCCAAUGGCAUCCUGGCAAAAACCCCUGCAGGCUUGGUGGGCGCUCUGGCAGUCGGUGCGCCGCCUCCACUCAUUCCGUCCAUCACCAGCCGGUCGUCCACGCCUCCCCGCAGUUCUAGACUUGGAGGGCCAGGUGAUCUGGCACUGUACAGCGCCCACAAAGACGGAGAGUCCAGAUAGUACAGGGACAACACUGGAGGAGAUUAAGGGAAAUGUCAGGAUCACUGUGCUGCUCUCAACCUGCCCCCUUUUCCUCUUGCAGACUAAUAACCCUGCCCUCCCAGUUACACAACCAAACCAGCUGCAGUCACCAGGACCGGCUGGAGGUGACGGUAGGGAGGGAAGUGCAAGAUGUGGAAUAUGCGCAAUGGUUCUAUCAGUGCAAUUUAAAGGUACAUGGUUUCUGUGCAUCCUUGGUGUAUUUUUAUUUUCUACUGGUUGUUGGUUAUUACAGUAGUCGAUGUUGAAAAGCUGUGUGAAGAGGCCGAGGACAGCUUCUUUUUUUUUUUCAUUUGUCAGGUGAAUUAUGAUCCAUGCUUUUGAGCAAGCCUUCUCCGGGCGGAUUGGAAAUGACUUCCAGAGGGAUGUACACUGUGAAAACAUGUCAGGAGUUCAUCCUCAGCUUGGUUAACUCAUGGGAUAUGAUAAAGCCCUCCUCUACAUAAAUCAACCCUGAUUAGGUAUUUGUGGACGGGGGUCUUUAGAGAUACAGUGGUAAAGUGGUGCUUUCUGUUCUGUCUUUGUGUCUUUUUGUCCUUGUGAAAAGACAAAUUACUGAUGAGACCAUUUAAUGAAGACCGGUAAGCAUCGCACCUCAGUUUCCUGCUUUACCCAAAAAUCUAAAACCCGAACCCCUCAGCGUCACUGAUUAUGAGAUUCAACCUUUUUGUUUGUUUUUUGGCUUGUUUUUUUUUGUUUGUUUUUGUUUUGUUUUCAAAGGAUGAAUGGCAAAAUGAACUGUGCUACACUGUGUGAGUGAACACAGCGUUUUAGAGCUUCCUGUAACUGUUUCCCAGUCUCCUCUCGACUAUAUGUGCAGGACCAGAUUAUAGUAGUCUAGAGAAAUUGCCUUUGUAAUUAUUAUUCUUAACAUUAAUUAUCUUCUAUAAUAAUAAAUAUAUUCACUGUUAUGUUAUUUGUCUUUGUUUCGGGUAUCAACCAGUACUCUCUCCCCGGGUAGUAAUCUGUUUCGAAUCAUGCAAACGACAAAGCAAAAGGCUUCUGCUUCACGGAAAACUUUCGACGCUUGUGAACAUUCAUUGCAACCUCCGGCCUCUUCAAGGAUCUCAUCUGUGACUUUAUCAUGCCGAGAGGGAGGUUCGCCUGUGUGUCAUUGGUUGUGUGUUAUAUCCAUUUGGGACUACGGGAGCCUUGUACAUUGAACUGUCGAGUUGUUUCAUCAACAAGAAUAAGUUAUAUACAUGGAUAAGUGGGACAUCUGCUGAAGAACUGAAAAAAAAAUAUAUGUACUUGUGUCAAAAGACAGCUAGACAGUGGGUAUCCUGAGAGGGAGAAGACUGGGUCGAUUAUUUUAAUAUGACCAUUUUAUACCUUUCAAACCCCUCCCCUAGAGACCACAAAGAUUAAUUAUUAAAUGAAUUGUUGUUUA